UUGAAGUCAACUCUCUAUGACUCUGUUCACUCGAUUGCUAAUUUAGACCCUUUAUUUACUCAAUCCAAUUUUACAACAAAAACUAAACGAGAGUUCAAAGAAAAUCGCCAUUUUAGCAGCGAAAGUUGAUCGGACCAAGGUCUCACUUAUCUAGCCAUGAUUUCGCAGCUCUUUGUGCUUUCUCAGAGAGGCGACAACAUCGUCUUCCGUGACUAUCGUGGCGAAGUGCAAAAAGGAAGCGCGGAGAUUUUUUUUCGCAAAGUGAAGUUCUGGAAUGAUGGUGGAGAAGGCGAUGCACCUCCUGCAUUUAAUGUGAAUGGUGUGAACUACUUUCACGUGAGGGUUUCCGGACUAUUGUUUGUGGCAACAACCAGAGUUAAUGUGUCACCUUCUCUUGUUCUGGAACUUUUACAAAGAAUUGCACGCCUCAUCAAAGACUACCUCGGUGUUCUUAAUGAAGAUUCUUUGCGGAACAAUUUCGUGCUUGUGUAUGAAUUGCUGGAUGAAGUCAUUGAUUUUGGUUAUGCGCAAACAACAUCAACUGAGGUUUUGAAAUCAUAUGUAUUUAAUGAGCCAGUUAUGAUAGAUGCGGCCCGUAUGCCAAGCCUUGGUCCAGCUGCUAUCUUUAUGCAAGGGAACAAAAGAAUGCCAGGAACAGCUAUUACAAAAUCAGUUGUGGCGAAUGAGCCAGGUGGUAGGAGGAGGGAGGAAAUUUUUGUGGAUGUAAUAGAGAAAAUAAGUGUUACUUUCAGUGCUAGUGGGUAUAUACUUACUUCUGAGAUUGAUGGCACCAUUCAAAUGAAGAGUUAUCUUACAGGCAAUCCAGAAAUUUUGCUUGCUCUGAACGAUGACCUUAAUAUAGGAAGAGGUGAUUAUCGUAGUUCAUAUGGAUCAGGUGCUGUGAUUCUUGAUGACUGUAAUUUCCAUGAAUCAGUACAUCUCAACAGUUUUGACAUUGACAGGACCUUGACUCUGGUACCACCAGAUGGUGAAUUUUCUGUCAUGAACUACCGAAUGACUCAGGAAUUCAAGCCUCCUUUUCGUAUUAAUGCAUUGCUUGAAGAAGCAGGAUUGCUUAAGGCUGAACUAAUUCUGAAAGUACAUGCUGAAUUCUCCUCAAGCAUUACUGCAAACAGUAUUCUAGUACAGAUGCCAGUGCCAACAUAUACAACUAGAGUUAGCUUUGACUUGGAGCCUGGAGCAGUUGGAAACACAACUGAUUAUAGGGAAUCAAGCAAGACGCUUGAAUGGGGUUUAAAGAAGAUUGUUGGUGGAUCUGAGCAUACUCUCCGUGCAAAGCUGACAUUUGCACAAGAACCACAUGGGAAUAUCACCAAGGAAGCUGGGCCAGUGAGCAUGACUUUCACAAUCCCAAUGUACAAUGCUUCAAGACUUCAGGUUAAGUACUUGCAGAUGGCAAAGAAAUCAAAUACCUAUAAUCCGUAUCGAUGGGUGAGAUAUGUCACAGAAGCAAAUUCGUAUGUUGCUCGACUAUGAUUUUCGGCUGCUCAUCUCUUAGUUUUUCCCUUGUCAGU